AUGGCUGCUGAAGGGACUGAGAUUCCAACUGCGCCUGCCGUUCAAGAGAACGCGAACGACGCAAGCGCCGAGACCAAGGCGGAUGUUGAAACCACGGACCAAACCAAUGGCCACAGCGACUCGACCGCAGCGGACCAGACGAAACCCGCGGAGGAUUCUGAGUCUACUGAGGAAGCCAAAGCUCCGGAGUCAGCAGAGGACAAAUCAGAGGAACCCAAGGCUGGCGACAAGCGCGAACAUGAAACCAGCACCACCGGACCUGCCGAAACAGAGCAACCCGCCGCUGUAGAGGAAUCAAGCGAACCGACAGCUAAGAAGCAGAAGACCAGCAAGGGCGAAACUACAAAGGCCAAGAACGGAACCGCUGCCCCUAAGGAAGAAACCAAUGGAGAGGAGAACAAGAAGAAGGGUGGUCGAGGCAAGAAGGCUAAGACCCCUGCUGCGAAGCCGGCGGUUUCCACCGACGGCCCCGGUAGCAGAACGCGCAGCCGGACCAAGGCUGCCGCUUAG